AUGAUUGUUGCUUCAACUGGCAUAAUUGCCUCAAUUCUUUAUGCAAUCUAUGGAAAAUUCAAAUUAACAAGAAAUGCAUGUUUAUGGUUUAAUAUUGUUCCACUAACCGCUUUUCAUAUGUCUUUUGUUUUUGUAUUUUUUAUUGCUUUUGAUCGGCUACUUUCUGUAUUUUUCCCUAUUUGGUAUUUUUCCCAUUUUCCUUUUAUAUUAGUGUGAACUUAAGUCCUGUCGUAGGGGGUUAUAUGUAUGAAUGUCGCUUGAUGGAUAUACUUGUUCUAUAUACCAUUCGAAAGCUUGAUUCGUAUCU